AUGGCCUAUCGUCGGCAAAAGUCUCAUGCUGGUCAUCUACGAAGAGAUUUGGAGUUUAAACAAGGUAAUAAGGUGUAUUUGAAAAUUUCACCAAUGAAAGUGGUCGGUAGAUUUGGCAAGGAAGGGAUGUUGAGUACUCGUUAUCUGGGUCCCUAUGAAAUCUUGCAAAGGGUUGGUACGGUUGCCUGUGAAUUGAAACUUCCUAGUGAAUUGGCUUCAGUUCGUCUGAUUUUCCAUGUAUCUAUGUUGAAAAAGUGUAUUAGUGAUCCUGAGUCCAUUGUUCCUAUUGAGGGUCUUGGUGUUAAGGAUAACCUCUCUCUUGAGGAAGUUCCGGUUCAAAUUAUUGAUAGGAAAUCUGUCCAAAACUGA